GGGUUAAUACGUAAGGGUUAGCUAAAAUCAUGUUACGUAACCAGCUGAUUGUUGGCAAGAGCUCGGAGAAGUCCAUCGCGGAUAGGCACGUAAUAUUUACAUUUAAUUAAUAAAAAGUAAAAAUCGUCUCCAGACCCGGCAACAACAAUGGCACUUUUUCAAAUGAAGUGGCUGCGGCGUUGGGUGCGUCGUAACACAAACCCAAUACCAGAGGAUAGUGCAGAGCUUUGGAAGCGGCGUUUGAGUGUUGCGUAUGCGCUACUCGCCUGGAACGCAUUCGGUUUCGUUUGCUACAUGGCCUACACCGGGCGUAACGAUUGGGCCAAAUAUUAUGGUUAUAAAAGCGAAGAGGAGGCCAAGUUGUCACCUGCACAACAAUUUGCAACAAAGCUGAACGUCGACAGAGGAAAAAUUGUACGAUACUCAGGAUUUACGCGCGUUGGAGAGGUGGAAUUCGAUAAUAAAUCUGAUAAAGUGGAAUAGCAAAAGCCUUGUUUUUUAUAUUAGAGGGCUGCCAGGCGUGUAGUGUCUGAAAUCCGUACACGGACAAAAAGUGGUGGGUGAAAAAUCCGUACAAUUUCCGUACGCCCAAAUUUGUUUGGCGAGCAAAAAAAAUCAAUUGUUCCUAGGUGAACACAGAAAUCGUACUUUUAAUAACGUCAAAUCAAGGAACACAUUAUUCAA